AUGUACUAUCACGACUUCGAGAAGGGAAUAAUCCGCAACGCAAUCGUGUCUACGAAUUCGAGCAAGUGUACAAAAGUGGAAGAAACGGACAAGGAGAAAAAAAAUUGCAUCAUAUUUCGAGAACAAUGCGAAUACUGCUUGACAAAUUUUUCGAUAAGCGGCCACCUAAUUUUAACGAAGGAAUCGUUGCUAUUCGAACCAGACCUGAGAGACAGAAAUGUGAUAACGUACGGAUUUGGCAGGUAUCAAAUUUUUAUAGAUUUGUACGAUAUUUAUGAAUGUGCUCAUAUUGUGGUUCCCACGAAGGAUACCUACCUGUGUAACAAUGAAGACACUUGUGGUUUUAUCCAAGUGUUGUUAAAAAGUAUUUACAACCGAGUAUGCGACGAUGCCUCGCAAAAGAAAAAUAGCACGGGCAGUUGCUACAGUGGUAUGAAUAGCAACUCGAGCACGGAUGAUUGGAACAAACAGAAAAGCAUUUCCUACUAUAAAUACUUCAGCAGAAGUUUGACCUAUGUAUUAAAUUUAGCCCAACCGUUGGUUCAAAGCACGUCCCAUUUUUUAGAGGACAAAAAUGACCAUCUGUUGGGAGGAACAAAUUAUUCUUCGGACGUUUCGAAGCAUGACAUAAAUGUAGACCAUCAGAGAAAGGAAGAAGAAAAUGAUGAUUUAAAAAAAAAAAAAAAUAGCUUUUUAAAUUUUGAUAUAUCCUCUCCAAAGAAUAACAUUGUGGAGCAUUUACAAGACAGUGAUUUAAAAAUUUACCAAAAAAUUAACGAGGCGGAUUAUAGCAGCGCAAUUCCUGCUCACCCAAAUAUAACCUAUAAAAAUAAUUUAAAUUUAGCCAACUCGGGGUAUUUUUUUAAGGAGGGUGAGGGGAACAAUUCCACUUUUUCGGGAAAUCAAAAGAGAGACUCCUUGAGCGUAGCUAAGGAGGCAUCGUCCAAGGGGGGAUUCCCCAACGUGGACAAAUCAAACAGUAACUUCAAGCAAACGGGUGGAAUAAAAGAGGAAAACUGCAUAAAGAGAGAAGACACUGUCACCUUUGCGAGCGAGGCACAACGCUCAUGCUCAAAGACGCUAAAAAAUAUUUCCUUCGAGUUGCAUCAUCAAAGAUUGCGAAGUUCAUCCACCGGGGACAACUACGGCAGUUCCUGCGGAGGUAUCCUUUGCACUGAGGGGAACCAGGUCCACUGGGGAAACAAGGGAACAGGUGGAGAACCUGGACCGAACCUCGAAGGGCAGAAAAAGGCGAAGAAAAAAUAUGAAGAGAAAAGCUUUGUACUGUUCAGAUUCUUUAACAACAAUAAGGCAUACGAAACCACAACAAAGAUAAUCAAAGAAAUUGAUGAAGUCAGAAAAUCAGAAAACAAAAUAAAAAAAACCAUCACCUCGGUGCCAUUUACAUCAAACGAAUUGUUAAGGUGCAUUAUUGAACAGUCUUUAUUGGCCAAAGAAUCGAAGAAAAAAACACAGGGAGCGAAUGAUGCUAAGGAUUUAAAUUAUUUACCAUUAGUCCCCAAACUGGAGUACAUUAACGGUGCAGUAAAAUUGUUAACCAAAGAAAUGACUAAGCAGAUAAACUACUACCUCCCCCCAACACUCAGCAUUAAAAUAUGGAAGCUCGCUUUUUGCUCAAGUAUACACGGGGUGUCUUUCAAAACCUUGUACAGGAGUGUAUCCAAUAAAGGCAGCGUAAUUUUGUUAAUCUGCGAUAUGGAGAAUGUAUUGUUCGGGUGCUUCCUGGACAAAUUACACUGCGAUAAUUGUUACUACGGCUCUGGGGAAAACUUUUUGUUUACGUUCAAAAAAGAGGACAAAGACGUGCAUGGAGACAAGGAGAGAAAAAUAAAAGAUGAAGACGGGAAUGUGGAUAAUAAUGGAAACCGUUUUGCCUAUGACAAGAGUAUGGACAAUUUUUACCCAUUAGGAGGGAACUUUGAAAAGGUUAAGCGGAAGAACAUCGCUUCAGACAUCAAUGAGGGGAAGCUGGGAAAUAAUUCGAGGUCCAAUUCGCAGGAAAAGCCCGGCACUGAUUUUGAAGACAGCUUGAAGGACUCCUUUAGGGGCGAUGCAGGUCAAGAGGUCCCCUCGCGCACUCCCCUCGAUUACAUGAAUAGAUACAAAACGGAUAUGCACGAUUUGGAUGGCGGCGAAGAUGAAGAGGCUGGUAGCACGGUUGGUGGGGCGUGUAGCGGUGGCGCCUAUGGUGGUAACGAUAGGGGCGGGUACAACGACAAGGAUAAUGUUACGUCUCGGGGCUGUUACCAGUACAACGAUAAAAACCGUGGCGCGUCGUCGGACGCCAUGCAGUGCAGUACAGAAAUACUCAACGAGGGUAAGUACAAGCAUUUAACCCACCUCCCGGGGAAGAAGCAGCCCCCGAAGGGGAACAACCCCGGAGGUACCAAAAAUAGCGAAACAAGCGAAAACAAUAAAAAAAAUCAAAGUGGCAAUGAUAAUGCGGUCAUUAAGGUGUUCAACUGGACCACUCGAAACAAUUAUUUUGUCUACUCGGAUGAAAGGUCGAUAACGAUAGGCGGCGGGGAUAACUGUUCGCUGCUCAUUAAUGACGAUUUGUGCAAAGGGCAGACCAGCAGGAGCAGUACAUACGAUAACGACUUGCUGACCCAUGACGAGGAAUUCGAAAUUCAGUUUUUGCAGCUGUGGGUGUUUGACGAUUUGUAG